AUGCGAAGAGGAAACUAUGUGACAUAUCUAAUUCUUCUAUUAUGUGGCUUGUUUCACGUCGAACGGGGGUUUUAUGUUCCGGGUGUCGCACCAGUUGAAUUCAAAGAUCGUGAUCCAAUUGAAGUAAAGGGCAUAAAGAUAACCUCUACAAAAACAGUGGUGCCAUAUGAAUACUAUUCAUUACCAUUUUGUCGACCUCAAGGUGAAAUUCAGUAUAUAUCGGAGAACUUGGGAGAGGUCAUGCGUGGUGAUCGCAUUGUAAAUACGCCUUUUAGCAUAUUCAUGUCGCAAAACACGACAUGUAACACGACUUGUUCAUCACAUAAUAAUUUAGCAAAGAGAAUUAAGGAAGAGUAUCACGUUCACUUAUUAGUUGAUAAUCUUCCCUGUACCACAAGAUUUGAAAUUGUGAAUACAAAUGAAGUUAUUCAUGAAAAUGGUUAUCGUCUUGGAUGGGAAGAAGGCAGUCAUGUUUAUGUAAAUAAUCAUGUUGACAUAAUUUUGCGUUACCAUCAACCACGACCAGGCGUUUAUCGUGUGGUUGGAUUCGAAGUGCAACCGCAAAGCAUUGAUAGCAGCCGCUUCAGCUUUACUUCACAUUAUUCGGAAUGCUCGGUUAGGGACGGUGGAUAUCAGGAAGUCAUAAAAGGUACGAAUGAGAUUAUCUGGACCUAUUCUGUGACGUGGGAAGCAAGUUCUGUUCCUUGGGCUAGUCGUUGGGAUACUUAUUUAUCCAUGAAAGAUGUCCAAAUUCAUUGGUUCUCAAUAUUGAAUUCAAUCAUUGUCGUCUCAUGUUUGUUUGGCUUCUUAAGUGUAAUUAUUGUUCGAACAGUACGUAAAGAUAUAGCACAAUAUAAUAGAGGCGAAGAAUUGGAUGACAGUUUAGAAGAAACUGGCUGGAAAUUAGUUCAUGGAGAUGUUUUCCGCCCACCACCUUGCACAAUGCUUUUAGUAAAUUUAGUCGGUGCGGGUAUACAACUGAUUGGUAUGGUCAUAGUUACUGUAUUCUUUGCCAUGUUAGGAAUGUUAUCACCUUCUAGCCGUGGAUCACUUAUGUCCGCUGCCAUUGUCCUUUUCUGUUUAAUGGGUCUAAUUGCUGGUUACCAUGCCGGUCGUCUGUAUAGGACAUUGAAAGGUACGAGACCUCGGAGAUGUUCAUUUCAAACAGCUGUGCUUUUUCCAUCAAUCAUUCUUGGUAGUGGUUUUUUCCUGAAUUUUUUUCUAAUUGGGAAGCAUUCAUCUGGAGCUGUGCCAUUUACAACAAUGAUCGCACUUCUGUUUCUGUGGUUUGGAGUUGAUUUACCUCUUGUAUUUCUUGGAUUUCAUUUUGGUUAUCGAAAGCAGGCAUAUCCUCAUCCAGUUCGUACGAACCAGAUUCCGAGGCAAGUUCCUGACCAGCCUUGGUAUUUGCAUACUUUACCGUGCAUGCUUCUUGCGGGAAUUCUUCCUUUUGGGGCCGUUUUCAUCGAGCUAUUCUUCAUAUUUUCUGCAAUUUGGGAAAAUCAGUUCUAUUAUCUCUUCGGAUUUCUAUUCAUCGUUUGCAUAAUUCUCUUCAUUUCAUGUGCGCAAAUUUCUAUUGCUGUAGCAUACUUCCUCCUUUGUGCUGAGAACUAUCACUGGUGGUGGAAAUCGUUCGUUAUUAGUGGAGGAUCUGCAGUCUAUGUUAUGGGAUAUGCAGUAUUUUAUUAUUUCACCAAACUUGAAAUAAUCGGUUUCAUUCCGACACUUCUGUACUUCAGCUACAGUUUUCUGAUGGCAUUAACAUUUUGGAUUUUAACUGGCACAAUAGGUUUCUAUGCAGCAUAUUCAUUUAUUUGUCGGAUCUAUGCGGCUGUUAAAAUUGAUUAG